GUCACGUAUGUCUCUCUUUCUCAGAGACAUCGAACUGUGCUGAGAAUCUCCAGCAAGACACUAACAUCUCUUCAGACCUAGAGACUAAAAAGUCCAACAUGAUCUUGCUCCUCUUCUUGUUGGGUCUGGCUCUGGGUGCUGUGAUUCCUCCAGAUGAUCAGAGAGUGAAGCUACAGCGAGGGAACUGUCCCAUGUUCUGGUACAGCUUCAACGGUCGCUGCUACAAGUACAUCGCUACACGUAUGACCUGGGCUGAUGCAGAGCUCCACUGUGUGUCAGAAGGAGCCAACCUGGUGUCUAUCCACAGUACUGAUGAACAGAAUUUUGUCAAUUCCCUGAUCAAGAACUUUGAUCCUGCUCGCACAUGGACCUGGAUCGGUCUCAGCGAUCUCCAUAAGGAAGGCAGAUGGAUGUGGUCUGAUGGAUCUAGGGUCGACUUUGUCCUUUGGGACAACGGGCAACCAAAUAAUUAUGAUAGACAGCAGCACUGUGGAGACACCAACAAUGGCGCAGAAUUCAAAUGGAAUGACAUGCCAUGUUCACAGACACUUCCUUUUGUUUGUGCAUCUCGCUCAGUUUUUCCUUAACAACUGAGAAACCUGCAAGAUAAAGACACAAAAAUCAGACAGUCAUUUCAUAAACAUUAAUUUUCAUGGAAAUGUGUAGAUUUCGAAGAAACAACAAUGUUCAUUCAACUUAUGCUUUCUCAUGUUUUACUUUAUGUAACUACAAAAUGAGUUGCUCUGUGAUAAUAAAUGUGAUCAGCAGACGAAAAACUA